AUGUCAACAUUUUUCCCCAUGAAUAAUGGUGAUGCUGUUUACAGCUACUCGAGAAACUCCCAAAUACAGAGAGAAAUAUUAGAUGGUGCAAAGGAGAUGAUGAAAGAAGCAAUUAUUAAAAAUCUUGACAUCAAAGGCAUAGUAUCUUCUUCAAAUAAAUUUCAUAUUACAGAUUUGGGAUGUUCAAUUGGAUCAAACACUUUCACUUCAAAGCAACAUGUUGUAAAGGACAAGUACCAUGAUAACAAUCUUGAAUUUCAAGUAUUUUUCAAUGAUCAUGUCACUAAUGAUUUCAACACCCUUUUUCGUUCACUACCUGUUGAUCGAUCCUACUAUGCAUCUGGAGUUCCAGGAUCUUUCCAUGGUAGAUUAUUUCCAUCACGAUCGAUACAUUUUGCUCAUUGUUCUUGUGCUAUACAUUGGUUAUCUAAGAUUCCAAAAGAGUUGUUAGAUACAAAUUCCUCAGCAUGGAAUAAGGGAUUGAUUCACUAUGCUGGUGCAUCAAAUGUUGAAAUAAUGAAUGCUUAUGUUGCUCAAUUUGAAAAGGACAUGGAAAUGUUCUUUAAUGCAAGAGCUGAGGAGAUUGUUCAAGGAGGAAUGAUGGUGCUAAUUUCACCAUUUUCAGGGUGGGAUUCUCUCAAUUUUCUUGGCUCUAGUCUGAUGGAUUUGGUGAAUGAGGGAAUGUUAGAUGAAUCUCUAGUUGACUCAUUCAAUGUGCCAAUUUAUCUUCCUUCUCCUGAUGACAUAACGAAAGUGGUGGAGAAAAAUGGAUGUUUUAGCAUUGAGAAUGUAGAGUUAACAUAUCCUCAAUCAAAGCUUGUGGAUGAAGCUGAUGCAAAUACUUUUAUCAUAAACCUUAGAGCUAUCUUAGAAGGACUUGUCAUCAAUCAUUUUGGGAGUAAAAUAGCAGAAGAAGCUUUUACAAGGACUAUUUUAAAAAAUAAAGAGAUUUCAACAUGGAUGAAAGCGAAUUACAAGGCAUGUCAACUAUUUAUCGCUUUAAAACGUAAUUAA